AUGGUUGGUCUCGACAAUGAAUGCCCUCGCUGGUCCCCCGGGUCAGUGAUCCGCUGGUCUGCCUGGAGACAGGGAUUCAAGACUGAUGAAGACGCUGCGUUUGCUGCCGAUCAUCUCAACAUGGCAGCUGAGAAAUGGAACUCACUCAAUAUCGGGGUUACGUUUGAAUGGGUUCCUCUGGCCAAGGAUGCUACCUUCGUCCUCUGCCAUGGCGGCAGCCACGGUGGCGCCCUUGCACAGGCCUUCUUCCCCAAUGCCAAUGACCUCAAUUAUCUUCUCGUUUACAACCCCGCUUUCUCACUCAAGGGUUGGAAGGAGAAUAUGUGGAAGGUCUUCACCCAUGAGUUGGGCCACGUAUUGGGCCUUCGGCAUGAGUUUGCGAUGGACAUCAAUCCCCAAACGCGCGCGGUAUUUGAGACCGAGAAAGCUGUACAGCUUGGAGACCGGAACCCGAAUUCGGUUAUGGUUUAUGGGAGGAAGCCACCUGAGAUUCAGCAGUCUGAUAUUGAUUCUACUAAGGCGUUCUAUGCGAUGGUGGAUGAUGCUGAGGGCAAUCCACCUCGCAUUGGACUCACUGAUAUACGAGACUAUAGCCCCAUGUAG